AUGAAUUUUGUCCUUCGAACCCUUCAAAUUCCGCAAUCCUAUUUUACAAAACUAUUCAUGCCUAGAAAACGUGUUGUUGUGCUUGGUGCUGGUGUUUCUGGCUUAACUACUGCCACUCUUCUCUUGCAGCAAGAAAAAAAGUUUGAAGUUACUGUAGUUGCGAAACAUUUUCCAGGGGACUUUACAAGUGAAUUCACGAGUCCAUGGGCCGGUGCACAUUGGAGGAGUUAUGCUACGAAUGAUGACAUAAGACAACAAGAAUUCGAAAAAGAAACAUUUCAUUAUUUUUGGAACCAUGCUAAGGUGACAGAAAAUGAAGCUGGUGUUAUGAUUGUAGAUGGAUUUGAUUAUUGGGAACAAUUACCUGAAGAUUUUUCUGAGCCAUGGUUCAAGACAUUUUGUCCUGAUGUAAUAAAGUUUAAGUCUGAUUUAGGUGCUCAAUCUCAUCCUCAAUUUGUCAAGCAAAGAACACGAUUUUCUAGUCAGUCGACAAUAUCAAUUAAGAUUCUUUGUUGA